AUGGUAGCAAUUGAUGAGAAAAGUGUGCAUUUAGAUGAGGUGUUAAAAAAAUUCGGUCCCAUUAAUCGUUACCACGUUCAAGCAAUAAUUCUGAUCAGUUUUGCUUUUUUCAAUAAUGGCAUGCAUUGCAUUAAUUACGUUAUAGUUGCAGAGGAAACGCCGUACAGAUGCAAAAUAGAACCGUGUGAAAUGCAAAGCAAUGUUUUCGAGUCUUCGUGGCACAAUUUCACUGUUCCUCCGGACUCACGAGGAUGUAAGAGAUACCGAUCUGAUCUCAAAGAAUGUGAUCCAUUCAGCUUCAACACAUCAAUUGUGGAAACUUGUGAUGAAUGGGUUUACAAGAAAAACGAUAGCUUUGUCGCUGAGUUUCAGUUAGCGUGUCAGAAUUGGAAACGAACUUUUGUUGGAACCGUUCAUAGUAUUGGACUCAUGUGUGGAUUAUUUUUUCAAGGACAGCUAUCCGAUAAGAUUGGACGGAAAGCCGCUAUAGUAAUAUCAGGUCUAGCUGCCGGUGUGCUAGGCAUUGCAAAGAGUUUUUCGAAUACCUAUACAUUAUACGUGAUUUUAGAGUGGCUAGAAGCCACUAUAGGAGACAAUUGUUCACCUGCUUUUAUUUUAGCCGUUGAACUGGUUCACAGCGACUACAGAUUGCACCAACAAAUAUUUUUGUGCGUCAUUGCUGCGAUGGGUGGAGUAACAUUUGCCAUAGCAGCGUACGUAGUGCCGUACUGGAGAGACUUUGUUAGAGUUAUUUACGCUCCAGCUUUCCUGUACAUCAUAAUAUAUUUCAUCAUGGAUGAGAGCGUGCGAUGGUUAUUAAGUAAAGGAAAGAGGAAACAAGCAACAAAGUUAUUAUUAAAAAUGGCGAAGAUAAAUAAAAUCUCUCUGGAUAGAAAAAUGCUUCUUAAUAUACAGUGUGAAGAUGGGACAAAGAAUUCUGCCUUGAGGGAGACAUUCCGAUCAAGGAUUGUUACAAAACGAUUUUUAAUAUGUUUAUUAUGGUGGACUUCUUGUACUUUCAUCUGUUUUGGCUUAAUAGUGAAUGUGGGGUCGCUGGCCGGGAACAAAUAUUUGAAUUUUGCCAUCAUGUCUUUAUCGGAUAUUCCAGCCAGUAUUGCGAUGUUUUAUGUACUAAAACGAUUUAAAAGGAAGAAGCCACUUCUUGUUUCAUUUCUAACAGCAGGACUCUUAUGUUUAACUCAACCCUUCGUGCCGAAAAAAUAUGUAUGGAUGUCAACGGGUAUGUACUUUCUGGGAAGAUUUGUAUCAACAUUCACUUUCGGCACCGUAUAUAUUUACACUUCGGAAUUGUUUCCAACUUAUUCGAGAAAUUCUAUGCACGCUUUGUGUUCAGCUAUCGGCCGUAUCGGAUCCAUUUUGGCGCCAAUGACACCACUACUAACUCAGUAUAUGGAAAGUCUUCCGACAUUGUUAUUUGGGAGUAUAUCAAUUGCUGCUGGUCUCACAACUUUGCUGGUACCUGAUUUGGAUAAUGAACCGUUACCUGAUAAUGUGCAGCAAGCUGAAGCUAUAGGUGUUAAACGUCUUAAUGUUGAGAAGAUGAAAGAAGACAUUUGA